CUAUUUAGGUCCUCCUGAAGCAAAACUCUUUCUUCGAUGACGUUGACCAGCUGGAGUAAUCCAAGGCAGAUCAUUAGAUACAUUAGUUGGAGCGGAUUUUCAUGUUCUCCUCUAAUAUUUCACCAUUCUCCUUAAAAAAAGUCAGUACCGAGCAAGCAGACGUGUCUUUUCAGACUAUUUUCGGUGUAAAGCAUUGUAAGAAUUUGACAAAAAAGAUGUUCACAUUUAAAACUCCUCAUCUUACUCAGAUGUAAGAGUUAGGCUUUAAGAAAUUACAUUUCUGUGAUGCUUCUGCUUUGAUUCCUAAAACCAGUUAGAAAGCCUUAAGUCUUUUCUACCAGCACAAAUUAACUGAAUGUCAACGUGACAGACAUGUUUGAUAGCAUGGGGCUUUUACCCUGGCAUGAGCUGGUAUAGAAAUGAUAGAAAAUGUAUUUCUGUCAAUUCUUGUAAUGAUGAAGUAGGGCAAAGGAUUUUUCUUUAAGUAACUUUAAGUUAGAGUCUUGUCGAUUUAUCAGCUCUAUAAAUGUUAUGUUUCCUCUUUGUUGUUUUUUUUUUUGCUGCUUCCAAACAAGCAGCAGAUGUAACUGCGUGACACCCUGAUGCUUUGCUAUACUGUCAAAAUACUGUAUGUGCAUUAUUGUCUGUGUUGCUAACAUGGCGGCUGCAAAGCCAAUCUGAGUGAGGUACACUAACUUAAGCUCUGAACACUAAUCCACAACUUCUGGUUCUGUAGUUGCAUUGUUAUUUACGCAAUUACUCUUAACAACUUUUUGUUUUUUACAUAUAAAAUGUUUUUGCGUUUUUUCAUAACGUCCUUGUAAAAAAUAUGAAAUCUUGUUAGAAAUAAUACUUAAAUAUCGUUUUGUUGUUAUUCUUAUGUCAAUGAGGUCAUCUUUAACCCUUUAACACCCGAGCUAUCAAUGGCAAUAGCUAAGUGACUAUUUUUGGUCUAUCGUAAACUCCUGACCAUUUUUGCAAUCACAGUGAAAAAGCGGAUUCUGACCCCGGCAGCUUUUCACACCGACCUUAGAGUGACACGAAAUUCUUUACGAAUGUAAAGUGCUGUAUAAAAAAUUUAUACCGCUUAUCUCACAGUUAGAAUCAGCUGGUUUACAUUGAUUAGUGAGCACUUCACUACUGUGAGGGCUGCAUAUCAGUGCACGGCUGCUUUUCUCAGCUUCCGAACCUGCUGAAAUAAUUACGCAAACUGUUGAAGACUUGCACUAGUUGAAUGAAUGUAAAAACUGAAUAAAGUUCACGCCGUUUACCACAAAGCUCCAGUAUUAGAGGGUUAAAUUUCAUUUCAACCCUUUGCUUUCAGUGUUUUUAAAUGACUAUCCCGCAUGAGGAAAUAUCCCCCAUAUUUAACGUAUAUGCUUUUGAAUUGUGUGGUUAUGUUUAUAUAAUAUUAGUAUGAAUUUUCUGAUGUUUAAAGUCUUUUAUUUUGAAAUCUUAUGUCUGUUUAUUAACCCCUUGUGUGAAUUUUAUCAGUUGUCAAAAGAAUGUAUUAAAUUUCUUUUCACUUUGAAAUAUAUCUGUCACAGAUUUAUUUAUUUGUUUGAAUGAAACGUUUUUUGUUUUUUUUUAUUGGUGGUUUUAUUAUGAAGCCGAAUCGUGAAUCGGGUGACGUCACUGUAACGGUUCCCAGCAGCAAAUCUGAGCUGAGAGCUGCGCAGCCGCUCUGCGCAUCCGUCAGCUUGGCCGUUGCGGUCCCGCGCAGCCAUUUGCCUUAGCGAAAUUUAAAAAAUCACCUCCCGAGCGGCUUCUGUCUGAGUUCAACAUGCAGCCGCGCGGGACUCGUCGCAUCCGCACCCUGACUUCCGGCUGAAAUGAGCGCUAAUGAACUGCGAGCUCGAAACUUUCCCCAAUCCGACGCCUGCGCAGACAAAAGAACCGUCGCCUGUCUUUCGCCGCGUGCUUUUCCCUUCUUUUCGUCUGCCCCGUCAGCCAUGGAAGGACAUUUGCGGGGAGGCGACGUCGCAGCCAUGCACGUGAAGACGGAAGACGUGGAUGAAAACCCAUCUGCGCCGGGUGCGGGCAGCCGGGAGUCGCCUGCGUCCUGUGGAGAUGCCGCAUGCAGAGGAGGAGGGGUGGAACAGACUGCAGAGGAGCUGGCUGAGGCGGAGCUGCAGGCCGCCGCUACACCAACCCCCCUGCUGCUGUAUCCGACCAACGCCGACCGCUUCUUCACCACUGCCGCGGAUGGAAAAACAUACCUGAAGAUUUCUCCAACUGCAGGAAUGCCCUCUGCUACUUCUGAAAAGUCGCUUUCCUCCGGUUCAGACUUCUCCUCCAAAGCCGUCCUGUGCCUCAUAGAGGCUGUCGGGCGCCGCUGGGGCCUCUAUGAGACCCGGGAACGCUCGCAGCUCUUUCAGAGCGUCCAGGAGGAGAUGGCCUCUAAGGGACACAUCCUCCCCGUUGAAAAAAUACGCCGCAAGUGGAACAACCUCAUCGUCACUUAUAAGAGGGUUAAAGACCGCAGCCGAGAGACGGGACACGCGAAGACGUCGUGGGAGUUCUUUGAU